AUCUACUUUUUUCUCUUUAACAGAUAUGAUAUCUGCACUUAUAAGAAUAAACCAUGUGGAACUCUGGGCUUGGCCUCUGUGGCUGGAAUGUGUGAGCCUGAAAGGAGCUGCAGCAUUAAUGAAGACAUUGGCCUAGGUUCAGCUUUUACCAUUGCACAUGAGAUUGGUCACAAUUUUGGCAUGAACCAUGAUGGAAUAGGAAAUUCCUGUGGGACCAAAGGUCACGAAGCAGCAAAACUAAUGGCAGCUCAUAUUACAGCAAACACCAAUCCUUUCUCUUGGUCAGCCUGCAGUCGGGAUUAUAUCACCAGUUUUUUAGAUUCGGGCCGUGGUACUUGCCUUGAUAAUGAACCUCCCAAGCGUGACUUUCUUUAUCCAGCUGUGGCCCCAGGUCAGGUGUAUGAUGCUGAUGAACAGUGUCGCUUCCAGUAUGGAGCAACAUCCCGCCAAUGUAAAUAUGGGGAAGUGUGUAGAGAGCUCUGGUGUCUCAGCAAAAGUAACCGCUGUGUUACCAAUAGUAUUCCAGCAGCUGAAGGUACUCUUUGCCAAACAGGAAGCAUUGAAAAGGGGUGGUGCUAUCAGGGAGAGUGCGUUCCUUUUGGCACUUGGCCCCAGAGCAUAGACGGGGACUGGGGUCCGUGGUCAAUAUGGGGAGAGUGCAGCAGGACCUGCGGUGGAGGAGUCUCCUCAUCAAUAAGACACUGUGACAGUCCAGCGCCUUCAGGUGGAGGCAAAUAUUGUCUUGGAGAAAGGAAGAGAUAUCGCUCCUGCAAUACUGAUCCAUGUCCUGCAGGGGCCCGUGACUUUCGAGAAAAACAAUGUGCAGACUUUGACAAUAUGCCUUUCCGUGGAAAGUAUUAUAACUGGAAACCCUACACUGGAGGUGGGGUUAAACCAUGUGCAUUAAACUGCUUGGCUGAAGGUUAUAAUUUUUACACUGAACGUGCUCCUGCAGUAAUAGAUGGGACUCAGUGCAAUGCUGAUUCACUGGAUAUCUGUAUCAAUGGAGAAUGCAAGCAUGUAGGUUGUGAUAAUAUUUUGGGGUCUGAUGCUAAGGAAGAUAGAUGUCGUGUUUGUGGAGGAGAUGGGAGUACAUGUGAAGCCAUUGAAGGUUUCUUCAAUGAUUCAUUGCCCAGAGGAGGCUACAUGGAAGUGAUUCAAAUUCCAAGAGGUUCGGUGCACAUUGAAAUAAGAGAAGUGGCAGUGUCCAAGAACUACAUUGCUCUAAAAUCUGAAGAGGAUGACUACUAUAUUAAUGGUGCCUGGACUAUUGACUGGCCAAGAAAGUUUGAUGUUGCUGGAACAGCUUUCCAUUACAAGAGGCCAACAGAUGAACCAGAAUCUCUGGAAGCUCUAGGCCCUACUUCAGAAAAUCUCAUAGUCAUGAUUCUGCUACAGGAACAAAAUUUGGGUAUAAGGUAUAAAUUCAAUGUUCCCAUCUCUCGUACUGGCAGUGGAGACAAUGAAGUUGGCUUUGCGUGGAAUCAUCUGCCUUGGUCAGAAUGUUCUGCCACUUGUGCUGGAGGUGUGCAGAAACAAGAGGUGGUGUGUAAAAGGUUGGAUGACAACUCUGUUGUACAAAACAAUUAUUGUGAUCCUGACAGUAAGCCUCCAGAAAACCAAAGAGCCUGCAACACUGAGCCUUGCCCACCUGAAUGGUUUAUAGGAGAUUGGUCAGAAUGCAGUAAGACCUGUGAUGGAGGAGUGCGUUCACGAACAGUUCUCUGUAUCAGAAAGAUUGGACCUUCUGAGGAAGAGACACUGGACAAUACCAACUGUUUAACACACCGGCCUAUUGAGAAAGAGCCCUGUAACAAUCAGUCCUGUCCCCCACAAUGGGUCGCUUUGGACUGGUCAGAAUGCACACCAAAAUGUGGCCCCGGAUUUAAACAUCGAAUUGUUCUGUGCAAAAGCAGCGAUCUUUUAAAAACUUUUCCAGCUGCUCAAUGCCAAGAGGAGAGCAAACCUCCAGUCCGCAUCCGCUGUAGUUUGGGUCGAUGUCCUCCUCCUCGCUGGGUUACUGGAGAUUGGGGACAGUGUUCUGCACAGUGUGGUCUUGGGCAACAGAUGCGAACAGUACAGUGUCUCUCGUAUACUGGACAAGCAUCCAGUGAGUGUUCGGAAACACACAGACCUCCAUCAAUGCAACAGUGUGAAAGUAAAUGUGACAGUACUCCCAUUUCCAACACAGAAGAGUGCAAAGAUGUGAACAAAGUGGCAUAUUGCCCACUGGUGCUGAAGUUCAAGUUCUGCAGUCGUGCAUACUUCAGACAGAUGUGCUGCAAGACCUGCCAAGGACACUGACCCACAGAAAGCAUGAGAAUGUGCCUUGUUAUUAUCAUUGUGGAAGAGUGUCUAUUGAAGAGAGCCACACAGCGGAAUAAGAUUGACGUCCUUGGAAAUGCAUUACCCUGUGGAAAACGUAACCACUGGUCAGCCCCAGCUGACAGGAUUUCAAUAUUAUUUUAACUUCUGUGAAGUGGGAUUUAUUCAUCCAAAGUGCUGGACACAGUAUAAGGAGGGCAUGCCAAAUUGGAAAGAUCCACAUAACACAUAUAGAAUAGCUUACUGUGGAACAUUUGUGUUCUUUUGACUCAAUCCAAUAGUCUGUUUACCUCCUUGGACCAUUAAAAUAAUUUUUAUUAUGGACUUAGCAAUGACACUGAAUCCAUUUGUAUUUAAAACUGUUUAAAAUGUAGCUGUUAUGACUUGGUCUACUAUGGAAGUAAAGAAGAAUCAAAAAAAAAGUUAAGUCAUAGCUUAAAAAUGAAAAAUAUUUUAUCUCAUGACACAGCACCACAAUUUAAAUUAUAGAAUGAGUUUGGAAAUGUUAUUUAAGGAGCAGAAAUUUAAAAAAAAAAAAAAAUAUGUAUUUUUCCUUCAUUCCAUCUAAUUCCCUUUGGAGUAAUCCAUAUUUCCUGAACACUGCUGUGAGCCACAUAUAAAGCUAUACUCAGUAGAACAACCAUGAGGGACUUUAUUUUAAAAGGUGCAACAGUUAUUGCAGUGGUGCAUGAAGUACAAGUAUGCUAUGAAAUGAAAUGAAAUCUGCAUUGCAGUUUUAUAACCUUUGUACAAGUGAAACCAAGUUGUCCACUAAAAGGGAAUAUAUUUCAAUUCCAUGGGGGAGGCAGACUCCAAUAGUAGUGAAGGCUGUAUUGCUAGCUCUUUCACUACUACUGUACAGCUUGCUUAGAAUGUAAGACUUUGACUCCAGUGCACUUUUGUUUACAUCACUAUCCACAAAGAAGAAACAAUUUAGUGGGCAUCCAGAUCUGUUUUAUAUGUUACUUUUGAUUCUCCAAGACCAAGAAGUAUCAGUGUGAAAGAUAAGCCUACUGUGUAAUAACAACGAUCCUUUGCAAAGCUGAAAGUUAAAUGGAUUCCAGAUGUUCCCUUCUUUGAUACUGUAAUGGAAGGGUAUUUGUUUAUGAGGAAGAAUAUGUGAGUCUGCUGUUCAGGAGACCAUAUCAUAGUAGACAAGGUUACAACCAAAGACUUGUGGGGAUAUAUAGAUUCUGUUAAAAUGAGAAGUCAGGAAUGUGCUUGAGCUGGGGUACAUGCCAGGCUAAUAGGGGUAAGGCACACUGGAAAAGGGGUGGCUAGAAAUAAGUCUGGCCACCUUGACCUGAAUGGCCAAGUACACAUUUCAAGCUGGAUCAUAUUUAAAGCUUGAGGCAGCUUUCAGUAUGAGAUUGGAAGAAAAUCCAGUCUCUGGAUUAGUAGCUAGAUUCCAUAUGAUUUUAACUAUUUCAAUUAUUCUGCUGCCAUAAUCCACUUACUUCAUAUUAACAUAAUUUUAAUAUUCACCAAUUACCUUACAUUUUUAAAUGUGAAACCAAACUACUUAGUAAAUUCAUAUUCAGAAAUCUACCAUUGAAGAGCAAAAUGUCAUACUCUUCUUCCCCUUCACUUCUCAGUUACAGACUCAACAAGGAGAUAAGAAAAGUGGGUACUAGUUUAUAUUAAUAUGUUGUACUUGAACACUUGCAGUUUGCAGCAGGUACUUGAUGAAUGUGCUUUUUGUGUCCAACUAUGUCUCCUUUGUUGUAGUGCAAUUAAAAUUAUAUGAACAAUAACGCGUUACAAAUUCUAACUCAAAUAGCACUUUUUAAAAACAAGUACACUUUUCAGUGAAAAAUAAUUUCAGAAUAUGAUGAGAUUGAAGUGUAUCAGUGUAUUUUACCAAUAACAAGCCAAAAGUGUUGCACAGUAUUUACUAAUGUGAAUUAACAUGGAGAAGUAGAUACUAUUAAGAGGAUUUGUUCUAUGAAUCACCCUAAUAUACUGACAAUCUCUCAGUGGGGUUUUGUGUAAUCCACAUAUUCAUUACCAUCAAAAAUUUGUCAUCUGCUACCUCUUGCCAGUAUUUUCAUUUUGUUAUGCCUGUGACCAGUGGAACUCUUUUUCAGUUGGCUUGCCUUUAUUCAUGUAUGCUUAUCUACUGCUCUCAUCACUAUGUAAACAACUCCUGUUAAAACUGACACCAGUAAACAGCCUUUGGGAGUUGCACAUAUGGAAUAGAGGCAGUUUGUAGUCCUUCUCAGUUAAGUGAAUCAACUUUCUAUGUUCUUUUGACAAAACACCUUGGUGCUAGCAUGCCCUGGUUAAGUCAAAAUACAAUAAAAGGGAAAGGCAUUGCUAUGGCAUCCUCUAAGCAAGAGGCCUCUCUGUAUCAGGGUCCGGUUUUCUCCAGGGCAUGAUUGUGUUUAUCAGAUAAUGUGUCUUUUCAGUUAACAAGAAAAGGGUUUUUUAUAUAUAUAUUUUUUACCUCACCUAGGACAUGAAAAUGGUAAGGAGUGUUUCCAAAGACACAUUUUGCUCUCUUACUGGUGCUAGAACACUAGGGAGUCCCAUGUUUACUCAAUGUAACAGCUCUGAGGCUGUAAUUUAAAGAACUCCCUGGAGCAACAUUGUAUUGUAUUGUUAAAGGGAACAAAACAGAAUGUAUGUGGAUUUACAAAAACUAAGCAACACUUCAGACAAAUUCAAAGAAAAACAAUUGGUUUCCACAGCACAGUUCAUUGCUGCUGCUACGCUGUAGCCAACUACGUAAUCUAAGCUAAAUAGUGUUAUAUUCCUAAAUAGUGACAAUAGGACUAUUUGUAUAGGCUAUAAAUAUGACAGGCCUAGAAUCAAAUAGUAGAACAUUAAAUACAGAAAUCAGUCUGGUGCCAGUACUUUCACUGAGCAAUUCUAUCAGAUGAAGAAGAUCAAAACAAAGAAAAAUCUACAGAUUAACCCCUUAAGGUGUGUACACCCCAAAAUAGGCCAUUUUGUUAGGAACUUUGUAAUGGAGUGAAUGUUACAUAGAUAUCCUUAAUAAUACAGACUGAAAUUACCUUUGUAUUAUUGUGAUUAGUUGCUUAUUAUUUUAUACUCAGUAUUAAUGUGGUACACUGUUACUUUAUUAUUAUUAUUUUUUGCUUUUUGUAAAUUAUAUUCUAAUUUAUUGUCAUGUUUCUUAACACUUGUUGUACAUGCAAUCUUCUGCUUUUAAUGAAAACAAAAAUAUUGUAACACUUGAUGCAGUGAAAUUCCACACCAGGCACAGAUUUGUUUUUAACAUAGACAAUUUAGUAAAAUAAAACUGCAGCUUUUAAGAAUGAUACCCAUGGUACUGUUGUCUGACUUGCAAUUGUUAGAAUUCUGUAAGCUUAAUGUUUGCUUCAUCAAAUGCAUCAGAAAAUAUAUACGAGAUAUUUUCUUUCAUCUAUACAUUAUGUCAGAAUUCUGUCAUUCAGCAGUUUGUCAUUCGUAAGCAAAAGAGUAAGGCAAAGUCAAGAAUAUGAUUGUGUACAUUAUUAAAUAAUAUUUUAGCCUAAGCAAUAAAUGUAGAUCAAGAAUGAGAUUAAUGGCAGUAAAAUAUCCUGUACUUCUUGGAAUUAUUUCAUUACCAGUCAGUCAACAAUAACAAUAAAAUGUCCUUCUUGCAUUGAGCUUGUAAGGUUUUAUCUGAAGUUUAUCAGAAACCAUAAAUAUAGGGAACAAAGUCAUUUCAGAGGACUUGGUGCUUAGGUUAUUGUUGUUGAGAGAUGCUUCUUUUUCUUACGUGAUGCCAUUAAAAUAUCCUGUAUUGA